AUGCACGCAGGCUCUAUGUCUCUUCUGGGCUAUCCUGUGGAUUGCGUUGGCACAUCCUACAGAAUGAACAGUUAUAUCCCAAUGACUCCUUCUGUUGCUUUUUGCUCCAGUGAUGUAAGCCCAACCUUCGGAUUUUGCUUACCCAGUAAGUACCAAGGAAAUCUCUGGCUCCUGGAUAACUGCCAAGAAACCUAUGGUGACAUGCCCAGCUGCACAUCUCCCAGCUGUGAGACCAAGACCGGCACCACAAGUUGGAACCCAUCCAGCUGCUCUGUGCCCUGCAACUCUCCAACAGUGAGCAAAGUAUACACUGCCUAUGAAGCUACCGACAUCAGCCCCAGCCCCAGCUGCAGCCCUCAGACCAAGGGGUAUGUAUCCCAUUGCUGCACACCUACAGCCUGCCAGAUCCUCAGCAACGGCCCCCAAUGCCUUGGGAAACUUGACUGCUCAUCCAAGAGCUUCCAACCUCUACACCACUGCAGCCUGGGUAGUUCGGAGUAUAGAAAAUACCAAAAGCUUGGCUUCAUACCCAGUGGCUACUCACCAUCCUGUUAUGUUGCCAGCAGCUGCCCAUCCCACAACUGUUUAAUAAGAAAUAGCCAAUAUCCGAGUUAUAGGCCCAUAAGCUGCCAACCACUGAGCUGUUUUUCUAGAAACUUCCAGUCUUUGAGCUAUAUGCCAAGUUUUCCUCCUCUGAGGUAUUUAUGCAGUGGUUGCAGACCUCUGAAUUGCUACUGA